AUGGCUUCCGCCGAUAGUGGUGUUACUCGUCCAGCUCCUGUCCAGUUUUUGGCGGCAUGCGAUUUCAGCGUCGAACGAGUGUUUCCCAUCCGCAAUCUAGUCGCUGAUGCUACGGAGCGGUCGACCACGAGCCACACCCACAGGUCUAGGGAAUAUGGACAUCCUCAGCGUGAGCUAUCGAAGAGUGCGGACGAUGGGAAUGCGAUACCAUCCCUCGUGAUACAUGGGGAACAGACUGGUGGUGGGGGUUUUGAAUCAAAAAGCAGCUCCCUCGAGCCCGACUCCUCGUCCUCUCCAAACCCAAACCUCCCCGCACCUAGCGAUGCUGCCAUCGAAACCGUCUCAGCUCCACUCGUGGGUGCAAAUAAUCUGGCCGUGGAUGAGUUGACAACCGGGCGGCGGAUUACCGAAAGGUCCAGGCUUGUCCCAUCAGAGUCGGGCGCUCCAGGCGUGUCGCAAGGCAUAGUCGCAGAUCGCCUCAAACCCACCUUUACUCGGUGCGAGGAUGAGCCUAUCCACAUACCAGGAGCAAUCCAGCGGUUUGGGGCGCUGAUCGCGUUGAAAUAUAACGGGACCGGUGCGCUCGAAGCUCGGAUCUGUAGUGAGAACUCGCUCGAUAUUCUCGGAUACAACCCGGAGCAGCUAUUUGGUUUGACGUCGUUUCUAGACAUCAUACGUCCGGAAGACCGGGGGGAUAUGGCGGCUAUUAUUUCUCACAUCUUAAGUAACCCUGCUCUACCAGGCCAAGAUGUUCAUUCGGACGUCCUUCCGGUCUCUAUUAUUUUGCCGGACGGGUCUCAAACUUCCCUUUGGUGUGCUAUUCAUCUAUCGCCAAAUUCAAAGCACCUCAUAAUAUGUGAGUUCGAGCACUAUACUGAAGUCUUUUAUAACAGCCAUCCUGACGCCGAGGCGUCCUUACCUGCGGAACCGUUCUCUGCUGUGGAUAUGGAUGUAUCGCCCGAGGAACUAACGCAAAGUACAACGAGCAAAAGUACACCUCUCAGGAUCCUUGAGGUUGCUAAGCGUAGAAAAAACACCCGUCUCUCAUCAAUGGAUACUUUCAAUGCGAUGAGUCAAGCCCAAGAACAACUCACAAGUGCCACAUCGGUGCAACAAGUCUUAGACAUUGUGGUGGGACUUAUUGAGGAGUUGACACGCUUUCAUCGAGUGAUGAUUUACCGCUUCGACGAGCAGAAGAACGGGUGCGUCGAAGCCGAGCUCCUCAACCCCAAGGCUAGUCCUGAUCUUUUUCGAGGCAAGUCUGCUUCUAAUAGGCUGCAUUUCCCUGCCUCGGAUAUACCCAAACAAGCCCGAGGUUUGUAUGUGAAGAAUCGAGUUCGCAUUCUACAUGAUCGGGAUGCGGAGACAGCAAGACUAGUAUGUCGUGACGUUACGGACUUCGCUGUUCCACUUGACCUCACCCAUUCAUAUUUGCGCGCAAUGUCUCCUAUCCAUAUUAAAUACCUGGGAAACAUGGGGGUUCGCUCUUCCAUGUCGGUGUCGAUCGUCAUAAAUAACGAUCUAUGGGGUCUCAUUGCUUGCCACACAUAUGGAAGUGUGAGUAUCCCGGUGUCGUUGCCAGUCCGCGCAUUGUGCCGGAACAUUGGGGACUGUGCGGCGACGAAUAUCGAGCGCCUGCUAAUGUUGCAACGUCUCCAAUCGAGAAGACGCCCAACAUCAGCACCUCCAGCACAGUCUCCAUCCGGCUUUAUUGCCGCCUCCUCUACGGAUUUGCUCCGUGUCUUCGAAGCGGAUUUCGGACUCCUCAACAUCCACGAUGAAGCACGGGCGAUUGGACGACCGGACCCUUAUCGAGAGGCCCUGGUUAUACUUGCGUAUCUACAGACCCGUCGGUUUACAAGAAUAACAUCUUCGCAAAAUAUCAAUGCAGACUUUCCAGAUAUCAAAUAUGCGCCUGGGCUUCAUAUCCUUUCGGGAAUUCUUGUCAUCCCACUAAGUAUAGGAGGCCAUGAUUUUCUCGUGUUCUUCAGAAAGGGACAACUUAAAGAGGUCACAUGGGCUGGGAAUCCCCAUGACAAGACUUUUCGUCCUGGUGGCCAGUAUCUCGAACCCCGGACAAGCUUCAAGCGUUGGACCGAGACUGUUGUUGGUAAAAGUAAACACUGGAGCGAGGACCAAGUGGAGACUGCAGCCGUAUUGGGUCUCCUCUACGGCCGAUUCAUCGAGAUCUGGCGACAGAAGGAGUCAUCAAGCCAUACCAGUCGACUGACCCGUCUACUUAUAAGCAAUUCUUCACAUGAAGUCAGGACGCCUCUCAACGCAAUCGUUAAUUACUUGGAGAUGGCGCUCGAAAACAAAGUAGAUGAUUCUACUCGAGACCUAUUAGGAAAAGCCCAUAAAGCGUCAAGGUCAUUGAUAUACGUCAUUGAUGACUUAUUAAAUCUCACAAAAGCAGAAGAAGGCCCAAUCAACUCCUUGGAAGAUACUUUUGAUCUCUGCGCAACUGUAGGCGAUGCUAUAACAGCUUUUCGCAAGGAGGCAACUCGUAAAGAUCUCGAUCUGAUUGUUACAACACACCAAGGUAUACCCGGGAUGGUCAAAGGAGAUGCUGUAAGGCUGCACCAAGUAUUGUCGAACAUCACCAGUAACGCGUUUCAACACUCGUUGGAAGGCGGUAUUAAGGUUGAUAUCCAGCUUCUCAGAACCAACGGCGACAUGUCGGUGGUAGGCAUUACAGUCCAGGAUGUCGGUAUUGGGAUGUCUGAGAGUCAAUUAGAUGGCCUGUUUUCAGAAUUUGAGCAGGUCGUUGAUGAAGCGUCCCUGUCUAGCGAUAGUUCACCUUCGAGCGGCGCGCACACCUCUACAUCAUUGGGUGUAGGACUUGCUGUCGUAGCUCGAUAUGUUCGAAAUAUGAAUGGCCAGAUCCGAGUCCUCAGUGAACUUGGCAAAGGAACUAUCUUCGGGAUAGAGAUACCGUUCGAGCACGCAUCAGCAGCGGAAAUAUCACCACCUCGCCGUUCGCAGGACUUCCCGGCUUCUCCGCGAGAAUUAAUAAGGGAACGGAAGAUUGAGGGAUCCCUACCCGAUAGAAGUUCGAAGGCAUCGAUUCCUGACAUCCAACAGUCUGAUGUGCCGGGGCCAUUUAUUGCUAGGCGCGCGAGCAUCAGUGACCAGCUCGGCAGGGAACCUUCCAAAUGCAGAUCUAAUACUAUUGAAAUCCAGAUUGAUCCUGCCAUAAGUUGGAAUUUGAAUGUGCUGAUCGCAGAGGACAACCCGAUCAACGCAAAACUUCUAAGCAAGAGACUACGAAAGGCUGGUCAUGAAGUACAAGUUGCCAUUGACGGCCAGGAGUGCCAUGAUCAAUUCUCCUCAAAGCCACACAAUUUCGAUGUUAUCCUAAUGGAUAUACAGAUGCCGUUGGUAGAUGGAGUAGAAUCAACCAGAAUGAUACGCUGCUUCGAACAAGAUUCGAAAGGACAGUUGAAAUCGCGGCCGCGAGUACCGAUUAUUGCAGUCUCCGCAUCUCUAGCCGAGGAACACAGAUUUGAAUAUUUACAAAACGGUGGUUUGCAGGUUCGAUGCUUGGAUCUUAAAGCCGAUCGAAUUUGGAAGGCUUGA